CCCAUUUCCAGAGCAUGUUUAGGCGUUAGCGUAGAUAUGUUUCACCUGUUCAAAUUCGAAAAUUAACACUGAUAAAUAUUUCAAGUAAUUUCUCUAAAACGAUUUUAAUCUGAACUGUCUCUCAGAAUUAGGCAAGGAUGCGGGUCGUAGCGAUUGUGCUUCUUGGAGUUCAUCUAGCCUAUGCUGGAACACACUCUCUGAAAUACUUCUACACUGGUGUGUCUAGAGGCAUUGACUUCCCAGAGUUCACUGCGGUUGGUCUGGUAGAUGAAGGGCAGUUUAUGUACUUUGACAGCAACACAAUGAAAGCUGUGCCAAAGACAGAGUGGAUCAGACAGAAUGAGGGAGAAGAUUACUGGGACAGAGAGAAACAGAAACUGAUUGGCAGCCAUCAGGCCUUUAAAUACAACAUCCAGAUUGCAAUGGAAAGGUUUAACCAGUCAAAGGGUGUGCACACAGUUCAGAUGAUGUACGGCUGUGAAUGGGAUGAUCAGACUGGAGAAACAAAUGGGUUCCGCCAGUAUGGUUAUGAUGGAGAGGACUUUCUGUCUCUGGAUUUGAGGGAGAUGAGAUGGAUUUCCCCAGUACCGCAAGGAAUCAUCACUGUACUGAAAUGGAGCUAUAACAGAGCUGAACUUGAGGGCAGAAAACAUUACCUCAACACUGUGUGCAUUGAGUGGCUGAAGAAGUAUGUGGAGUAUGGAAAGAGCAGCCUGAAGAAAACAGUCUCUCCUCAGGUGUCUCUGUUGCAGAAGGAUCCCUCUUCUCCAGUGACGUGUCAUGCUACAGGUUUUUACCCCAGUGGAGUAACAAUCAUCUGGAUGAAAAAUGGACAAGAACAUCAUGAGGAUGUGGAUCUUGGAGAACUUCUUCCCAAUGAGGACGGAACCUUCCAGAAGAGCAGCACCAUCAGAGUUACACCUGAAGAGUGGAAGAAGAACAAGUUCAGCUGUGUGGUGGAACAUCAGGACAAGACUGUGACAGAGAAAGAGAUCAGGAAGAACAAUGCCUCUGAUGACUCCUCUAGUCAAAGAAGCAUCUUCUGGCAGUGGAUCUGGCACCUCAAGUUAGACAUCACAGUGGGCUAAUAUAUUUCAAAACGUGACUGAGAGAACGGAUCCUGACAAAUAAUGUCCAGCCUUCUGCCAUAGAUCUCUCAGAGACGAACACAAAAACAUUCUCUUCUUCUCUCUCUAUAUAGAGGAGGAAACAAUCGAAAUAUAGAAGAUGUUUCCUAAUUUGACUAUUAGCAAAACAAGUUGGUUGUAAGGGUCCUUUGUUAGUUACUGAAUGACCCAUGUGUUUAGAUUUGUGUACAAGUACUGGUAAAGCAUUUUAUAAAAUGUGUGUUCAAGUUUUUAAUUAAAAUGUUUUGAGUAGCAGAGUAGAUACACCUUGGCAUACGGUUUUGAAUAUGGAAGGGAGUGUGAAACCUGAGUGGAGGUCUCUGUAUAAGCCACUGUUAAAAAAAAAGGACAGGGGAUAUACAGUGGCGACUUCUUCAUUGUGCUAUUGCAGUAAAUGCUUUAGUUUCUGUUUUAAAUCCUGAUGUUAGCGUGGAAUGUCCUUUUUGCCUGAAAAGAGAAUCAGUUUUUCAUGCUUUUAUGGAUUGUGAUAGACUGAAGCAUUUAUUUUUGGUUUUGCAAAAAUUGUUCAAUUGCUUUAACAAAGUGUUUUCUAUGAUAACCUUUAUUUUUGGUUUUAAAUUUGUUAAAGAGAAGAGUUGCAUUUGUCAGUUGUUGAAUUUUAUUUUAGGACAGGCCAAACUAGCCAUGUAUGUGAGCAGGAAACAUAAGGCUGAAAGGUUGUUGGGGGAAUAUUCAGUGUUAAUGUUUGAUAAAUAUGGUAAAAGCAAGAGUAUUAAUUGAUUUUUAUUUUUAUAAGUCAAUGAAAGAUCUGUUAACAUUUGAGAUGAAGUGGUUUGUAAAUGGAGUGUUGUGCUUUGUUGUUGAUGAAGAGAUGUUUUUUACUCAUUUGUUGUAACUUUUUUGUUUCUUCUUUUGAUGAUUUCUUUGGCUCU